GAGAGGCAGCUCCUGGCGGGGCACGCGGGGAGCCGCAGUGUCCCCGACAGGCGUUUAACGCGGCCAGCCCGGGCUCGGGGUGCGCCGAGCUAGGCCACCGCUUGGGCCCUGAGCGGGGCCCUCGCGCUCUCCGUGGCGUCACGUGCGCGACGCCUGGCUGCGGAGAUGCCCCCCAAAGGGAAAAGCGGCGGCAAAAGAGGAGCUGCUGGCGGCGGGGGCAGUGCUGAGAGGCAGGCCCCAGCCCCAAAGGGUGGGGGCAGCUCUGUGAAGGUUAGACACAUUCUUUGUGAAAAGCACAGCAAAAUCAUGGAGGCCAUGGAGAAGCUGAAGUCUGGAGUGCGCUUCAGUGAAGUAGCCUCACAGUACAGUGAAGAUAAAGCCAGACAAGGGGGAGACUUGGGCUGGAUGACCAGAGGUUCUAUGGUGGGACCUUUCCAGGAAGCAGCAUUCACCUUGGCAGUCAGCAGUAUGGAUAAGCCAGUCAAAGGGGAAGUAUUAAACUCAAGAACUCAAAACCAACAGUCCUUGCAUACGUCAGAAAAUAGAGUUAAAAAGGAGCCCUGUCUCAGGCACUUCCCUGUGGAUCCCAACCAUUUCUCUCCAGGACAGAGGGGAACAUGAUGACCCCAGCAUUCCUGCUGAGAAUCCCCUCUUCUUAGAAAUUAAAAGCACUGGACUUUAAGGAGCCUAUCAUAUCACUGCAACUUCUCUUGCUGGGGGAGUGCUCUGGAUUUAUUCUGAAAAGGAGGAUUCUGGACUGGCUUUGUAAAUGGUUUGCACUGAGAGAUGUCAUAAAUACCCAAGUAUAAAUCAGCUUGAGAGAUUUGUAUUAAACACCCUUUGGGUGAAGUGUCUGUGA